AUGUCGGCUCGUGAAAGCGACGACGAAGGACCCUCCACGCCGAAAAAAAAGAGAAGUUAUAAGCAGAAGUUUCGUAAUGAAUGGUUACACCAUGAAAACUUCAAAAAGUGGUUGCGACGUGAUAUGAAAGACCCAUAUCGCGCUUACUGUAUAUUUUGUGAUACAUCGAUGAUUGCUGACAUGGGAGCUUUAAAACUUCAUAGUGAAGGUAACAAACAUGUUCUUAAAGCUAAGCCCUCUUCAUCUCUGACUUCUAUUGCCACCGCAUUUAAAAAACCAUCACCGCCCUUGGACGAUAAGCGUAAAAUUGCGGAAAUAAAAUUAGCAGCAUUUAUGACUGAGCACAAAAUAUCUCACAGGGUGAUGGAUCAUCUGGUUGAGUUACUACCGAAGGCAUUCCCGGAUUCUGAGAACGCACAGAAAAUAAAAAUGAAACGUACAAAGCUCCGCGCCGUAAUAAAUAAUGUUUUAGGUACGACUGAACAACAAGAUCUAUGCACAGAUUGA